AUCAAAUUACAACCAAGUGAUCAUUGCAAGCUCACUUUUGGUGGAAGAAUAUGCAUGCUGGAAAGUGGAAGGAGCCAAGAAAGAAAAGGAAGCUGAAUGUAUUCCCAACACGGCAAGGCAAAUCCGCAUCAGGUGUGUAUCUGCAUUUCUUGACAGAUCCUAAAACUGUUUCUCUGCUAGAAACAAUGAGGGCACGGGAUCACCUUUACCUGUUAGAAAGUCUCUAUGAAUUAUCCAGUGAAAGCUAGUUGGUAUAGGCGCAUAAGUUUCUCUCUGAAUGCAGCCGUGUUGACACAGACGUUUUACCAAGAGUCUUGUCCCCAGAAUCUAAAGCACUCUAGAGACUAGACUGUCUUUUCCCCUACUCGAGAACCUGUCAGCUGGAUCUUUCUGCACACUGUGACCUCAUCUUUCAGGUCACUUACUAUAAAGAUAACCCAAUGUCUUACUAAUGUUUAUCACUAUAAAGAUAACCCAAUGUCUUACUAAUGUUUAUCACAACCUUCUUUCUAUGCUUCCAUAUGCAGGUUGCAAGUUUGCAGUGAGCAGAGUCUAUAAUAACUGGUUUUCCAUGAGCUGGAGUAGCCAAAAAACCCAAGCCCAUGAUGUGUCUGAGACGGAACAAACCAUAUUAUUCUCGUCGCAAUCGAGUCACCCUUCCUUGCAGUACUCCCCAAACCCAAACUUGAGCCCAUGCCUCUACCAGUGCACUGCCACUCUCAAAGGUAACUCAUUCUAUGUCUCCAGCCUCACCGUCGACGGCGACUCGCUCUACAUAGCCUCGUCAGAUGGGCACAUCAGGCUGUGGCCGCUGGACAUGGCCAUGGACGCGCAGCGAGCCGAGCUGUCCAGCUCUACGGUUGCAGUCACCAACAGUUCCAUAAAGUGUGUCAUCGCCACCGGCAACGGCCUCGUCAGCUCGCACCAGGAUGGCAAGAUCAGGGUGUGGCAUGCCCCCCGGAGGAACGGGAGCUGCGGCCACCUCGCCCUGCGCGCCGUCCUGCCGACCGCCGUCGACUGCCUGCGCACGUUCCUGUUCCCCGGCAACUACGUGGAGGUCCGGCGGCACCGGAAGCGCACCUGGGUGCACCACGUCGACGCGGUCACCGCGCUCGCGCUGUCCCCGGACGGCGCGGAGAUGUACUCCGUGUCGUGGGACCGGAGCCUCAAGGUGUGGCGGCUGCCGAGCCUCCGCUGCGCCCAGUCCGUCUCGGCGGCGCACGGCGACGCCCUCAACGCCGUGGCCGUGUCGGCCGACGGGCACGUGUUCACCGGCUCGGCCGACGGGACGGUCAAGGCGUGGAGGCGCGGCCCGGGGCAGAGGAAGCUCGCGCUGGUCGGCACCAUGGAGCGCCACAAGGCGGCGGUGAACGCGCUGGCGGUCGGUGUGGGCGGGACGGUGCUGUACUCCGGCGCGUGCGACCGGUCCGUCGUGGUGUGGGAGUACUGCGCGGGCGGUGGCAUGGCGGCCGCCGCCGCCACGCUCAGGGGCCACACGAAGGCCGUGCUGUGCCUGGCCGCCGCCGGGGACGUGGUGUGCAGUGGCUCGGCGGACAGGACGGUGAGGGUGUGGAGGAGGGGAGCGGCAGAGGCGGGCUACACCUGUCUGGCCGUGCUGGACGGCCAUGCCGGAGCAGUGAAGAGCUUGGCGUUGGUGAGGAAAUCGGGAGGUGAUCACGACGACGGCCCGUGCGACGGGUGCUGCUCCGCAGCUCAUGUUUGCAGCGGAUCGCUGGACUGUGACGUGAAGAUUUGGAGAGUGACCAUUUCUUGUUUACGAGUGCCGUAGAGGUGUACCUGUGUGUGUACAUAAGUACUCUUCGAGCUGACCGAUUCGUUUAAAAAAAAACGCACAAGCAUGGCCUAUAUUAUGUCUUCUAUGUGGAUCCAAACCCAAAACUGAAUGGGACCUACACAAAUACACAAUAGUUGAGCUUCUUUAGUUAAAAGAAAAAGGGUCCAGUUCACUUAGAUUUUCAACCUUCUAUUACUUUUCGGGUUCUCUAGAAUUUACAAAUUUUGGUAGAAUCCAUUUGAAUUUUGGAGGAAUUAUAACAUGGGCCUAACCUCUUACAAAACUUUCCAACUUUCAUCUGUGCGUCUCUCCUGAAAUUCCAGUAUUUUUUAU